CUCCAUUAUUACUUGUCAAUUAAUGGUAUUUGAUGCGGUUGGGUAUCUGUCGAAUCGCACAUUCAUCGGCAAACAAGAAUGACCACCAUAAGAGACCGAUGCCUGGUCUUCGAUCGGACGAUUUUGCCUGAGCGCCGGGGAUCGGACACCAUUUCCUGCAAGUUGAUGAGACAGAACAUCAGCUGUUUCACCCACCUCCAUGGUUAUGGUCGUCAUAGAGGAGUGAGCUUAAGAGUGACAGCGAAAGCGGCUGGAGGUGGUGCCAAAUUCAAGGGAACGCAGAUGAGAGAGAAGCAACUGACGGAGAUGAUAGAGAAUAAGGUGAAAGAGGCGAAGGAGGUGUGCGAGGGAGACGAGACGUCCGACGAGUGCAAGGUGGCGUGGGACGAAGUGGAGGAGAUCAGCCAAGCCAAGGCCGAUCUCCGCCGUCGGCUCCAAAACGAGGACCCUCUUGAAUAUUUCUGUCAAGAAAACCCUGAAACCGACGAGUGCCGCAUCUAUGAAGAUUGAACAUCUCCUCCCUCUCGAUUUCCCUGUUUCGCUAUGUAAUCUUUGGCUGUAAUAAAUUAUGUAAUGAAAAUUACUCAGGAAAUUAUUUUAGUAUUGUCA